GGCAACACCUGUCAUAACUAUUGUAUGUGUUUGCGGAUGGUGGUGUAUUAAUUAAUUGUAAUAAAUUCCUCUUGAUAAUCAUUUAGAAAUAUUUCGAGUUAUUUUACAUCAAAAAUAAGCCAACAAUGUAUAAUUGAAACAGUGCAAAAUAAUGAAAAAACAAUAAAAUCUAAAAUUUAAUCUUAAAAAAAAUGUAAUUAAUUGAACCUAUUUCAAGGACUCUUAAACGUAAACUUGCAUGACAACUUUUUGAUGUAUUCGUAUCGUGUAAACCGUAUAAUCAACAAAAGAAAAUCCCAAACAAAAUAAAACAGCAAAAAUACUAUGUAUUUAGAAAAUAAAAUUAAAAAGGAAAUUAAAUUAGUGCAGUAAGAAAAAUUGAAAAAAAAAAAAACGGAAAGUUCACUUGCCAUUAGCCGCCAGUGAUGUGAAUUUGUGCUUUCUUUUUUAAAAGUAAUAAAAAAGCAACUACUAAGCAACAAACUCAUCAGAGAGACAAGUCAUGCGAUCUCGAUCCCUAACGUGUAACGUGUCUUUCUAUUCCAAUAUAUAUAUAUGCAUGAAUUUUCGUUAGUGUUGUGUUAUUUCAUGAUUUUUUCAUGCGAUUAAGUAAUAAAAGUGAUUGAAAAGGCAAAAAAGGAGCAAAUACAAUAAAAUAAUAUUAAAAGUAAAUAAAUAAUUAUACCUGGGAAAUAAAUAAUUGUUUCUUCUACCAAACGCGAUUUUCAAAAUUAAGUAAAAAGCUGAAAAAUGUUAUGAUAUGAAGAAUACAAGUGAAAGAAACGGAAAAGAUCAGUAGAUUGCAUUAAAAGCUUGUACGUGUAUGAGUAAAAUUAUAAGUAACACAUAUUUUAUUUUAUUUAAAGGAAGGCCUUACAAAAAAGUCAAGUUGAAUUUUUUGAAAAUAAUUCCUGAAAUAUCAAAAUAUUAUCAAUUUCAAUUCAAUGCAUUUGUAUUCGUCAGACAAAUUUUUAUCAAGAUGGUUGCUAUAACAUUAACAAACGCUGAAAACUUUGAUUCUACGGCAGCGCAAUCUGCUGCGCCAAUCCAUAACACCAAAACAGCUGUGCAAUCAUCUUCAAAUGCAUCCAACAGCAAGAACAACAAUAGCAAUAAUGUCAAUAAUAGAAUUAACUUACCUAAAGCUACUCUAACACCGAGCGGUAAACCAAAAGAAAAACGACGGAACAAUGAAAAACGUAAAGAACGUUCCCGGGAUGCUGCCCGAUGUCGUCGGUCUCGGGAAACGGAAAUUUUCAGUGAAUUGGCUCAGAUGUUGCCACUGAAAAAAGAAGAUGUCAUUCAAUUGGAUAAAGCUUCAAUUAUGCGCAUAGCUAUAGCGUAUUUGAAACUCAGAGAUGCCUUGAAUAUGUUUCCCAACAGACAACAGUUAUCCGAUGUCUUGAACAGCAGUCAAAUUAAAGAUGACGAUUGCUCGGUUAAUCCUAUCAGUUCGGAUAUAGAUGCUUGCUCCCAAUCGACUCUAUCAGCCGAUGAGGAUGAUUUAAUUUCACCCGCAUCAGAGCAAAUAUUGCCUAAACAAGAGAUAAAUGCUUAUGAGGACAACGAAUUCAAUCAAAUGUUGCAAGAAACCUUAGAUGGAUUUCUUUUGAUCUUAACUAGUGACGGUGAUCUUGCUUAUGUCACCGAUAACGUUAGUGACUAUUUAGGUAUAACGAAGAUUGAUAUUUUGGGUCAACCAAUAUGGGAGUACGCUCAUCAGUGCGAUCAUGCUGAACUUAAAGAUCUAUUAAACGUAAAACGUAACGGCACGAUUGAGAAAGUUAAAGAAGAACAUUUAUUGAACGACGGUAUCGCCACUGAUCAUCGCGAUGCUUUCGUACGCUUGAAAUGUACUUUAACAAGUCGUGGCCGUAGCAUUAAUAUCAAAAGUGCUUCGUAUAAGGUUAUACAUAUUACGGGACAUUCGAUUUUGAGUAAUAAGGGUAAGAGCGUCCUGGUGGCUGUAGGACGUCCUAUACCUCAUCCCUCAAAUAUAGAGAUACCGCUUGGUAGCACCACAUUUUUAACUAAACAUUCGCUAAACAUGAAUUUCACUUACGUCGAUGACAAAAUGCUUAACUUGUUGGGCUAUAAACCAGAAGAUUUGCUCGACACAUCCCUGUUCAAUUGUCAUCAUGGCUUGGAUUCAGAAAGUUUAAUGAACACUUUUAAAAAUGUACUAACCAAGGGUCAAGGAGAAACUGCCCGUUACCGUUUCUUAGGUAAAUAUGGCGGUUACUGUUGGCUAGUGACUCAAGCCACUAUUGUUUAUGAAAAAUUAAAACCCCACAGUGUUAUAUGUGUGAAUUAUGUCAUUAGGUAAGUUUUCAAAUUUUCCCUAAUUUAAUUAUAUAAAGAUUAUAUUAAAUCGAACAAACAAAGUAUUAAUGAGUUGUAUUUAAAUAAAUUUAUAUCGUAUCUAUUCAUGGUUUUUCUCUUUCCUUCAAAUUAAUACUACAUUCAAAGACAUAACACAAAUAAUUUCCAACCUGAAAGUAUGUUCUGCUUAUAUGCUAUGUUUAAGAGUAAACAGAAGGACAUGAUUUUGCCGCCUGUGAUUUAGAAAUAAUUUCGACCCUGAAGUUAGGCAAACGUUUUUUGUGUUUUCAAUUUUUAUCACAUAUGUUUUUUUGUAAGCUUUGCUUAACAGCCAUUUUACUUUUUAUAUUCAAUUCUUUGUCAUUUAGUUGAACUAACUUAACGAUUAGUUAAUUAAAUAAAAAUAAAAAAAAAAUAAAAUUUUCCGUCAUUCAGUUUGAUAGGCUUUCUUAAGCUCUACAAAUAUUUAUAAAUUAAAAAUAGAUGAUUGAGGAAAAGUUGGAACCAUUUUAGCUGAAUGAAAUGUUAAUGAAUUGCUUUAAUUAGUAAAGAUAUGUAUGCUUAGCCUUCAUAGCACUACAAGGCACACAUUAAGAUAAUUUAUGGAAUUGCUUACAGCAUAUUUGUUUUGCAGACAGGUCCUAUUACUAAGGAUUUUGGACUAUAAUUCGGCUUUUCUUUUAGUUGAAUUCUUUUUUAUUUUUCUUAUGUUAUGCUCAUCUCCUACUUUAAUCCCAAAAUGUAUUUCCCUGAUCUCAAUAAAAUAAUAAUAAUAAUAUUUUGUUCGUUGUUGAUUCUUAUUUUAGUUCCUUUCAUAUUCUAAAAGUUUU